AUGGCCCUUUAUGGCACCUCUGAUGCCCUGAUAUGUCGAGCAUUCCCGACUACCUUCAGGGGAUCAACACGAGCAUGGUUAAGCCGGCUACACCCAUUCUCGGUCUCAUCCUUUGAUCAGCUCACUAGGGAGUUCGAGCAAAACUUCCUGGCCAGCGCGUUCCUGAUGGGCUUGAGGCCCUUGAGGUUCUUUUGGUCACUGAUUGAGAAGCCGCCCGCGACCAUCCCCGAAAUGUUACAACGUGCCAACCAGUACAUCACCGCCGAAGCCCUAAUGGCAGGGAGGCACGAGGACAACAAGAGGCCGAGGAUGGACCAGUCCCGAGGAGCGGCUUCGGUGCCACCAUCGUUCAAUUGGGACUAUAGCCAUGACACGAAAGACUGCCGCGACCUCCAAAAUCAAAUUGAGGAGCUAAUCCAAAGAGGUCACCUCAGGCGCUACCUCAAGGAACUAGGAGAAGUAACUAUGUGCCCUAGGGGACCUGUUAAGAUGCAGAUCGAUGUCAUUACUGGAGGACCGGAGGCUGGCGAUAGCAGCUCAAUGGCGAGGAAGGCCUAUGCCCGAAGCACGGUGGAAAAACACCCCAGACCCGAGCUUAAGCCCGAAAUCACUUUUGGAACUGAGGAGGUUGAACGCUCCCAUCACGAUGACGCUCUGGUGAUCUCCAUUCGGAUCACCAAUGCUCGGGUCAAAAGAGUAAUGGUUGACACCAGGAGCUCUACCGACGUACUGUACCUCGACGCCUUCAAGAAGCUUGGCUUAACCAAUGAGAACCUCACUCUCAUGAACUCUGUUAGGAUCGAGAGUACUAAGAGGCAGGGGGGGGGUGAAUUAGUGCAGUGA